UCCCUCUCUCCCUCCCUCUCUCCCUCCCUCUUCAGUUUCUGGUUCAACAAAAAUGGCCGCCAUGAUCACACGCAGAUUCAGCUCCAAGCUUUCACGACUCUAUCAUCAUCAUCAUUCAUCCUUGUCUGCAUCCUCCACCUACCUCGCCGCCCAAAACCUCCAAAACCCUAAAAUCCCAGACCACUUCACUCACUCCUCCUAUUCCACUCUCUCCCCAAAUCCUUUCAAAUCUUCAUCAAACCCCACCACCAUUAUCGAUCAUUACAUAAAAUCAUCAAAUCCAAAACCCAUAAACCAUAAUCUAACUUGGGUACUCAAUUCAAAAUCCAUUACUCAAAACCCUGAAUUCAAAAAAACCAAUCUUGGUCUUACUUUUACACAAUCGUGUUCAAGGUUCAGUACCAAUUUGUACAAUCCUAGGUUUAAUGGGUCAUCAGAUCAAAAACCCAGAUUUUUUUCAACUUCUUCUAGUUCACCGUCACCGGAUCCAGAAUCUGAAAAAUCCCAAAACCCAGAAUCUGAAAAGCCCCAAAACCCAAAUGAAUACCCUAGUCAAAACCCUAACUUCAAGCACCAAGAAAUCGAAGGACCGACGGUGGAGCGAGACCUUUCGACUUUGGCCAAUGAGACCAGAGAAGUUCUGGAAUCGAUGGCCAAAAACAUGUAUAGUCUGAGCAGGGCAUUGGCUCUUCUGGGUUUGGCUCAACUCGGCGUCGGAGCUUGGAUUUCGUACAUUACCAUAUCGACCCCAAUGCCGGAGGUUUCAGUUCAGAGCAUUUUGGCUUUCGGGUUACCCUUUACGCUGGCGUUCAUGUUGAGGCAGAGUUUGAAGUCAAUCUACUUCUUUAAGAAGAUGGAGGAGCAAGGCAGGCUGCAGAUUCUGACUCUCACCCUUCAGGUUGGUAAGAAUUUGAAUGUCUUCUUCGUUCGUGUUCGCGGCGUUUCAUUCUUGUGCAUUGCUGGCUUGUCAGUCGGAGUGUUGUUCGCUGCGCUUACGAGAUGAGUGUGUAACUCCCGUUGAUGAGAUUGUUAAGUUCAAGUUUGAUUGUUGGA